GCGAGGAGAUCCCCAACGCCGGAGCCGAGUCGCAGCGGAGCCGCCAGCGUCUCCUCGCCGCCGCCUCUCCGCGCCCGACCCGCCGGCGAGAUGCUGUCGUGCCGCCUCCAGUGCGCCCUGGCCCUGCUCUCCAUCGCCCUGGCCCUCGGCACCGUCUCGGCCGCCCCUUCGGACCCACGGCUCCGGCAGUUCCUGCAGAAGUCCCUGGCUGCCGCCGCUGGGAAGCAGGAACUGGCCAAGUACUUUUUGGCAGAACUUCUCUCAGAGCCAGGCCAGACAGAAAAUGAAGCUCUGGAGUCUGAGGACUUGUCCCGAGGGGCUGAGCAGGAUGAAGUGAGACUGGAGCUGGAGCGCUCGGCUAACUCAAACCCUGCUUUGGCACCCCGGGAACGCAAAGCAGGCUGCAAGAACUUCUUCUGGAAAACUUUCACGUCCUGUUAGCUUUUGAAACCCACCACCUCUCCUCCCUAUCCAUACCUGCCUUCUUCCUAGCCCCACACCCUGUGCAGAACCUUCACCACAAGAGGCGAAGACUGUAAAUACACAAUCCACAAUUAUGGUGAAAUUAAACAAACAAGGAAAAUUUGAGUUUGAUUUCCGGUUGUUUUAAUAAAACUUUCUGUUCCAAUUGUACAUUAUUUGCUUGAGUUGUGAUUUCUGACUAGUUCUUUAAUGACAUGCACUCUACAGCUCUUUCAGAUGUACUAUUUUUAAUUAUUCGUUGCAAUAAAGUUUAUGUUUCAAACAGU